GCCGCCUCGUCACAGUCACAUGCGGCAUCACAACAACAGCACGACUAUGGGACUUUAAAGAGGGGAGAUUUCACUACAGUUUGGGGAAGACUUCUCUGUGGCCACCAACAUGCGGGUUUUAGCCGUGAUCGUGUUUGUGUGCGGCUGCUGUUGCGCUUGUGCAGCGAUGUUAGAGGACCAGCCCAUCCAGACGUUUGUGAUUCCUCACAGUCACAUGGAUGUGGGCUGGGUUUACACCAUCCAGGAGAGCAUGCACGCCUAUGCAGCCAAUGUUUACAGCACUGUGACUGAGGAGCUGUCAAAGGUCAAAGAGCGCAGGUUCAUCUCCGUGGAGCAGGAGUUCUUCCGACUCUGGUGGGACACUGUGGCUUCAGACUCCCAGAAGAAACAGGCGCGCCAGCUUGUGAAAGACGGUCGACUGGAGUUUAUCAUCGGAGGCCAAGUGAUGCACGACGAGGCUGUAACGGACCUGGAGGAUCAGAUCUUGCAGCUGACAGAGGGCCACGGCUUCCUCUAUGAGACGUUUGGAGUGCGCCCUCAGUUCUCUUGGCACGUGGAUCCCUUCGGAGCCUCCGCCACCACGCCCGUCCUGUUCGCCCUGGCUGGGUUUAACGCACACCUCGUCUCCCGCAUCGACUACGACCUCAAAGACGUCAUGCAGAAAAACAAGAAACUACAGUUUGUAUGGCGCGGUUCUCCCACUCUGAAAGCCCAGCAAGAGAUCUUCACUCACACCAUGGACCAGUUUAGCUACUGCACUCCGUCUCAGCUGCCGUUCUCCAACAGGUCUGGCUUCUACUGGAACGGAGUCGCUUUGUUCCCGGACCCCCCUAAAAAUGGAGUCUACCCCAACAUGAGUCUCCCUGUCACCAAGGAAACGGUCCAGGCCUACGCCAAGACCAUGGUGGAGAACAUCAAGCAGAGGGCUGCGUGGUUCAGGACCAAACACGUGCUCUGGCCGUGGGGCUGCGACAAGCAGUUUUACAACUCUUCAGUACAGUUCAACAACAUGGACCCCCUAAUGAAGUACAUCAACCAGAACAGCAAAGAGCUGGGCGUAACGGUCCAGUAUGCCACUCUGAGCGAGUACUUCCAAGCCAUCCACCAGUCUAAUCUUACCUGGGACGUCCGAGGGAGUGAAGAUUUUCUCCCAUAUUCAACUGAGCCCCACCAGGCAUGGACAGGGUUUUACGCCUCCAGGAAUGUUUUGAAAGGAUUGGCUCGACGAGCCAGUUCCCGACUUCACGCAGCCGAGACGCUUUUCACCCGAUACCGAAUCAGCUUCCCAGACGGGCCCGUAGCUAAAGACUGGGCGUUGGACAAACUCAGAUCUCUGCGCUGGGCUGUUUCCGAGGUUCAGCACCAUGAUGGCAUCACUGGUACCGAGUCUCCCAAGGUGGCAGACAUGUAUGUGCAGAAUCUGAUGCAGGCACUGAUGGGAGUCGAGGAGCUUCUGGCUGCGCUCUUUUUGCUACCCCACGACCUCGGCGAUACCAGCGUCCUGGGCGGGAGCGUCCACAACAAAGUUAAUCAGGAUCUGGAGCAGCAUGUCAUCAUUUACAACCCAUUAGCGUGGAACAUCACCAGCAUCGUCAACAUCACUGUGCCGUUCGCGAGCGCGGCCGUCUAUGACGAGGAUGGGCGCCCUGUCCCUGCACAGAUCCAGAUGUCGGCGAACUCCAACACAUCCUACGAUCUGUUUGUCAUAGUGGAACUCGGAGGCCUUCAGGAGAGAACAUACUUGAUCAAGUUCUCUGAGACGCUGCGCUCGGGGAAGUCUAAGUGGGUGGACACUUAUGAGGCAAAAGGCGUUUUGUUUGAGAGACGCAGUGUGAAGGACUGGGUUAAGACAGGAAGGCGGCUUCUGCCUGUUCUGAAUGAAUGUCACAGGCUCAUGUUUGACCAGGACACCAAUCUGCUGCACAGUAUCACUUAUAUGAAUCCAGAUAAAAGGCAAGUAAGGAUGACGCAGGAUUUCUGGGAGUACGAGGCAAACGGAGACGUGAAAAAAGGGCCCAUCUCUGAUAACUACAUCUUCAGUGCAAACGGUCCAGCCGUGCGGGCCUAUAAGGCCGUGGAAAUGGAGAUUAUCCCGGGGAGGAUCGUCACUGAGAUCCGGCAGUACUUCUACAGAGAGGAGGCCGAUAAAGACUUCGCCUACUCAAUCACCACCCGUGUCCCGGGAUGCUUGGGGACCCGGCUGCCGUGUCACAGACUGGAGCAGAGCUACUCGCUGGGACCCCUCCACGUCAACACGGAGGUUGUCCUCAGGACACACACCUCCUUGAUGAACAAUAGGACCCUGUACUCGGAUGACAAUGGCUUUCAGAUGAUGAAGAGGACAUACAAGAAAUUCACAAACAACACAUUAUCAAGGAAUUACUUCCCCAUGGUUCGGGCAGCUUACAUUGAGGAUGACCUCGGCCGACUGGUGCUGCUCAGUGACAGAGCUCAUGGGGUUUCUAGUCAAGUCAACGGAGAACUGGAGGUCAUGCUCCAUCGCCGUCUUUGGAACAACGUGCUGUGGAACCUCGGGUACAACCUGACACUGAACGACAGCUCGGUGGUGAGGCCCACCCUCUGGCUGGUGCUGGGAUCCGUAAGUGCAACCUCCAAGCUGUACCAGCGGGAGGCGAUAGAGCUGCAGCACAGACCCGUCGUCAUGCCCAUUGAUAAGCCUCGCAAGCCUUGGCAGGAGAAGGAGCCCAGACGUGGCUCUGCUGCGCCUCCGGUUGUUUUGCCACCCAGCCUCCAUCUCCUCAGCCUCAGCAUCCUUGGAUGGAACUACAGCUCUAAUCACAGUGCUCACAUCAGCCACAUACACUCAGGCAAAGCCCUUCACUCAGAGCCAGACUUUGAUCGUGUGUUGCUGAGAAUCAUGCAUCUGUUUGAGGAGGGGGAGGACCCUGAGCUUUCCAAGCCCGUCACCAUGAACCUUAAAGAAGUGCUGCAGGGCAUAGGAGAGGUGAAGUUGCUGGAGGAGCGUUCUCUCACGGGAACCUGGAAUAUCACCAGUCUGCAGAGGUGGAAGUGGAAAACUGCAGAUAACUUAGAAAAAAAGGAUGAACAGUAUCGUGGGAGACAAGACAAAGAUUUUGUUGUGACCAUCUCACCUAAAGAGAUCCGAACCUUCUUCGUUCACUUCGGCUCUGGGAACUUUUAGACUGAAUCUGGUCUUCCAUGAAGAUCACAACUCUUUACGCAAAAUGAGACGCUGCUUUUAAAGAUUUAAUCACAUGCUGCUCUUUUGAUUAUUGCAGUCUUUGCACAUGAUUAUGGGUUUUUUUUCAUGAUCUGCUGAUAAACUAUGUACCUUGUGACUCACAGAAUAAAGUGAUUAUUUUUGUCGA